AUGAAAUCCUCUAUUGACUUAUUCUCUUCGGCCCUGAAUGUUACGGGGCCUGGAAUUGAAAAGAACAUUGUUCGAAAUCUCGGCUCCAUUGAGAGAGUGUCUGUUUACGACUAUUCAACCUCCACCGUUGCGAAUCACAAAGCUCCUUCUAAAUUGGUCUCUUUUCAAUUCAACGACACUUCAGUGCUUUCAAAAACAAUAGACUAUGGCAUUGGAAUUGCAAACUAUGCCUCUCUCGGAAUAUCGUUGCUCAUUCUGUUGAUUGUUCAAGUUUUGUUUUUGGGAGUAACGAGUUGCUAUGCCACAUGCUCCAUGUGUUGUUGUAAACCCUCCAAGAAAGAUCGAGAGUUGCGAAUGAAGGAUCAUGCGAAGUGGGCCUUUGCACACAAUAAGAAAAAACGUGUAACGACAUGUUGCAGAGUUUUUUUACUUGUUUUAGUGAUAUUUAACAUUUUGGCACUUUUAGUAUGGUUCUUAUUUGCAUUUCAGACCAAUAUUCAGUUUAGCCAAUUGUUUAAUCAAGGUUUGAUGAUGUACAACGAGGUGGAAUCUUUGGCACAGGAUGUUUUAAAAUUUGCUGGAAAUUUACCGACAAUUAUUGAUCUAAUCGAGCAAAGCAUAGGUAACUUAAAAAAGAACAUUUUGAACAAACUUCCCAGUGAUGUAACAAAGCAGUCAUGGUCCAACUGCAUAUCCAAUAUGAUAUCCCAAGUUCCUGAUUUAUCAACAACAUCACAUAACGUAGAUACUCUUAAUAGUUAUAUUAGCACUCAGCUUAAAACGCCACUCACCCCCCUGAAGACAUCCAUUUCCGGCUUAAAGUCUUCUAUUCUUUCCAUUUCAAAUAUUGAUAUUCCAGAGCUGAUCAAUCAACUCACAAACACAGAGUCAGCACUCACGUUUUUUAAUUUUGAUCCUUUACUUACCUCGAUCACAUCAUCCCAAACUACUCUUCAGCAGAUUAACUAUAUUAAUUCCAUCAAGAAUUCUUUGCAGAUCGUUUCAGACGAAAGAGCGAACACGCUAACAGAUGCCUUUCUGUCAAACCUUGCCUACAACCUACAAAAUUACAACACUGACCCUAAUGUGGCUACUCAAACAUUGGCCACCCAGCUCUCAACUCUUUCAACAUCUUUGACACGGAUUAAGGCCAGUAAUUUCAAUCAAUCGCUUGGUUAUUUGAACGCGCUAAAUACUUCUCUAAGCUCUGUAACUGCCUCAAAUUCGCUCAUUACUCUAAUUAAUAAUUUAGAGAACUCUUUGAAUGCACUCGAAACUCCUCUCAACAAUUCAAUAGUUCGAGUUGAUAUGCUUGAUGAUGCUCUGUUUACAACCAUUCCUAAUGCGUUGACAUCCAUCAAGACAAGCGUCACCAAUUUCAACCAAACCAUUGCUGACAUUCCUUCUUUGCAAAACAUUAUCGACACAAUGGACAUUAUCAAUUCAUUUGUCACACUGUUUAAUGGUACCAAUUGUAUUGACUCAAUAUUAACAGACCUCUCAGUAAUUAAUGCAACGAUUGUAGAGGUGCCACUAGCAGACAUUCAAGCCAAGUAUAGAAGCGUUAAGGAUGGGAUCAUUUCAAAAGCUAACGGGGCACUUUCAUCCUUAUUUAGGGACUUGAAAAACACCAUCAAGGCGUCGCUUCCGAACGUCACUCAACAAGUGAACCAAUUUUAUGACUCAAAGCUUGAUUACGGACCCUCCGUAAACAUUACCGACUUGUGGUCCCUCAUUCCACUUAAAACAUUUAGGACACUGAAUACCUCUUUAAACCUUCGUGACUUGCUUGCUUUGUACUCAAAUUUUGACUCGGCUAGGAAUAGUCUGUCUGAUUUCUCAGCUCUCUCUCACAAUUUAUCCCCUCUCGACAACUCGAUCAAUGUAUUUGAUUUAAAUGAGGUGGGGCAGAUUAUUUCGACUCUACAGACUGCACCAUCAACAUGUGCUGGAAGCUCUGAUCCAGCCUGUACAGGUUUAAGUAGUGUAAUGCCUUCUCUUGCAACACUAGUUUCAAAUUUACAAAAUGCGCUCAUUGGAAUGCCAUCCCUUUCGAGUGCAAUCAGCUCUCUCACGUCUGCCCAAACUUUAAUUUCCUCCACACUCUCCUCGUUGAGUCCCAUCAAGUCAAUCAUUGUCCAAAUGAGAGCUUUGAAAAAUUCAUUCAAAUUUAGCCAAGCAAGAAACUCGUUGUCAAAUGACUUUAUUCCUUCACUUCACCAAGUUACCAACACCAUACCAUUCCAAUCCAUUGUUGAUUCACUUGAUUCUUUACAAAAAAGCUUAAACUCACUGGAUUUGUCCAGUCUCUCCUCACAGAUUUCGUCAAUGAGCCCAACAUUUAGCCAUCUCAACAACAUGGAUGUUUCUUCUUAUUUGAACUCGUUAAAUACGUCAACCAUUGACAGCGCUCUCAACUUUGCUUCCAUGUUUUCCACGAUCAAGAGCAUGGUGAAUGGGCUGAACAUUGCAAGCUAUUCAUGGUAUGUGGAUGAAGCAAAUCAUCAGCUCAACGACAUCUUCCUUCCUGACCUGUUUGCAGCUGACGGAUAUCGACUGUUAGCGGUGGUAAUAUUCAUUUCUCUUAUUUUGUUUAUUCCUUGGCUUGCUGUAUUUCCUGUGUGCUUCCCAAAGUGUCCUUCUGUGUUGUUGGUCGUUACAAUGAUUAUGAGUAUAUUCGUUUUGUUGGCAUGCGUUGCUGUUGCAUUGUUGCUUCCAUUAAACAUUGCACUCGUGGACACUUGCGACAGAGUUGAGGAGUAUGCUUUUCUUGCUUUGCAUCAAUAUGGUGGAAGUUCAAUGAACGGAUCGAUAGCCUUUUCGCAAGAAUUCAUGGGAUUCAAGUUCAAUAUUUCCAUCAUUCCAUCCACUACCAUCAAAUCAUAUAUGCAGUCACAAUGCGACAGUGACGUAAUGAAUAUCACUUUAACUCAAGUAGAGUCUGUGGCUCAAGCCUUGCCAAGCUUUGCAAUGAACUAUCUCAAGAAGUUUUUAGGUUCCUUGGUUGUGAGGGAUCAGUUUGUGAGUUUUAUCACAACUUCGUUGCAGACAACUGUUGACAAUGUAUUUGACCAAGUCAGACCAAUUGCAACCAUUCUUUCAUGUGCUCGCAUCAAUUCUUAUUACAAACACGGACGCAAUUUGGUUUGUCAGGACAUUUCAGGAUUUUUGGCUAACUUUUGGUUUUUGUUUGCACUACUGGCCUUACUGUUUUUGUUUGAUGGGUACUCGUUCAUAAUCAUGUAUAUUGUUUUUAGAACGCAAUGGUAUGACAAAAAAGCAUCAGUAGGUCAGGCUCAGCAUUUCACACAAGACGAGGCAGCGCUAAAAGAAGCAAGACUAGCCAAAGUUAGAUCUUUUUCUACUCCUCGACGAUUUAGCAAAAUCAGAAAAGCAGAAAAUAUAGAGUUGGAAGAUGUUUAA